AUGGCCUUCCUGAUACCGCCCUCGGUCAAGCAGCGCCUGCUGCGCUUUGCGCUGUCCAAGGUCGAUGUCAUCGACGACACGGCCAUCGACCUGGACAAGUUCAACUUCAGCUGGGGCAGGACCAGCGUCAUUACCUUGCCCAAGGUCCCGCUCAAGGCUGCCAAACUAACCUCCUUCCUGCCGCUGCCGCCCAACUUCCGCGUUGGCGAGGCCUACGUCAACGACCUCCGCAUCACUGUCCCCGCCAACCUCCAAGGCGUGUCGUUGGAUACCUCCGGCAUAGUCGUCAAGGGCAAGAUAUUGCAGCACACCGACGACGAUGCGCGGCAUGCGAGCGACGCGUCGGCCGAGAUACCCACCGCCCAGGAUCUGGCAAAGUCGUUCAUCCAGGAGGAGUCGGAUGAGGAAAGAAGACAGCUCGAAGCUGCCAUCAGCUCCCAGUCGCAGUACUUGCACCAGGACCCCUUCGCCGGCUCGGCCGUCUUCAGCGAUGACGGCGACGAUUCGGACCUGGGCACCGGCGUCGGCUUGACGGUGCCCGACUAUUUGACCAACUAUCUCCACCUCAUGGAGGAUACCGUGCAGCUCUCCAUUGGAGACAUCGAACUUCAUAUCGAGACCGACAUCCCUGCAGAAGGCUCAGAAGGCUGGGAAGAUGACGAAUCCGUUCGGGCAGACCUCGUUAUUCACAUCGGUGGGGUUGAGGUUGAGGGACUGACUGCACAUGGGCCCGACAUGUCCGAGCAGACGCGACCUGGAAAGCGUAAGAUCACGUUGAGAGCAUUAUCCGCGGGUAUCCUCCUGGACGAGAGGAGUAUGGCAAAGAGCAGGAUCGCUUCGUCGCUUGCUGCAUCUCCCACUACAAGCAGGAGUGCCCGGUCUGAUUCAAUCAGCCACUCUACCCCCUCGGUGCCAAGUCCGGUUGCCACGACCUCUCCCGCCCCGCAAAGCCGCUCGCCAUCAGCCACAUCUGGAUCACUGCCUUCCCUGCAAUCAAGCCGACACUUCCCAGAUAUGGCUGCGUCAAUCAUGACCACAGAUGCGGAUAGGUUCGCUGAUGCUGAAGACGAUGAUCACCCCUCGACCGGCCCCAACAUGGCUUCAUCGGCAACAUCUGAGAAUUUCGGCCAGCAGAGCUUGUAUGGUGACGAGUCUAUCCUUCAGUACGGCAUGGACAAUGGCAUCUUUGAUACAAAAAUCGAAGAAGAUAGCCCUUCUCAAAGCCGUGGAAGCCUGGCUGGCUUGGAUAGCUCAAGCGCAGGAGAAAAUCAACCACAUAUUGCCUUUUCAGGGAGUAACUCGUUGCCCGGUCGACUGCCAAACCACUCUGGACUAAGCCAAGGUGACAGCGAAGGAGAUUACAUCUCCAAGUCUCAGCCCAUGCCUGAAAACUCUCGUUCGGAACCAAACAUGGGGAACAGCGAUCAUAAUGUUGUGGUCCGCGGUCCUCCAAGUCCAGAGAAUAUUAACGCACCCGAUCGCUCAACAAGCACGUCUCCUUCACCAGCGUCAUCCACACAAGGUGAUCUUGCCGAGUCGAGGCUGUUCAGCCAUGAAGAGGCUGAGAGUAUGUAUAUGAGCGCGAUCGACGAUGGGGCUUCACAAUCAAGUAGAUCCUUCCAUAUGCCCGGAGCGUGGGACACUUCAAGCGUGUCCAGCAAUGAUUCGGAUCGCUUUCACCAAACGCCAACCCCAAUUGCGCCUACCUCUCUUGAUCCCAUCGUCGAAAAAGAUGACGGUUGUGAGACCCCUAGACCUGGCAGCCGCCUUGACGCCGACCCGGCUACGGCACAGGACCAUUCGACCGGCGAAGGUAAGGACGAACCGCUCGUGAAGGCUUUCAUUCCGCUCUUGGAUAUUGAUACGAUUUCCGCAUGGAUACCUGGUCACCAAACCCCUCAGGAACCUGAUAACUCUGAUCCUUUGGCGUAUCCCGACCAACCAGCUCGCUCGAGGGUCGCGUUUGCGGACGAUUCCGGGUUUCACGAUGUACCUGGUGCUUUUUCACAAUAUGCGGCAUCCACAGCAAGAUCCAGGCCUUCAGCAAGCAUCAUGCGAGAGUCACGUAAACUGCCCACUGAAAGCAGAUCGUCAAUGCUCAGCGCGGAAUCAUCGAGGAAACAUGAACGGGAGUGGUCGAAAUACGAGCUGGAGGCUUUCGUCGGCAAUGUACGGCUUCAAGUAGAUGUAGAGACCGUACACCUGGCAAUGCGUCUCGUAAAGAUGAUACAGCAACUGUUUGGUGACGCAUCUGCGGCAGACGCGCCGAAAGAACCUUCUAAAGAGACUGAAAAGCCGGCGAGUGGGACCGAGUCAAAGCCCGGUGGGGUUGCACUCAAGUUCAGCAUGGAAACCCUACGGGUAGCUCUUCUCAAGGAACUCUCGAGCCAAAGCGUGGUCACCAACCAACCUAUGGGCGCGCUACGCCAUGUUGAGUGGGAUAUGAAUGAUAUCUUCUUGCAGUUGCAAGCACGGGAUCUUGGUGCUACAUAUGAGGCCAGCCAGGGCUCGCCAAAGGCCAAUCUGAGACUAGGGACCUUCACAUUCGGAUUCAACGAUCGCGACAUCCUCAGUUUUCGGCCAGGGGCAGGGUUAGACGAGACAACCAUGGAUGUCUCCAAGCCUGUUGAGAACGACGUCUCUAUUGCCUACAGGCACGAUAAUGGAGACCAGCGCAUCGAGGUGUCAACUCUGCCGAUCAAUGUCUCGCUGGAUAUUCAAAAGCUGGAUGACACAUUUGCGUCCUAUGGCGGCUUCAGCGGUGUUCUGAAGAUCGGCAAUCACAUCAAGUCAACAUGUGUUCUACCCCCACCAGCGCCCAAGACACAAGCUACAUCCAAGCCUACUCCUGAUCCUGGGUCUGAAGCACCUUUCCCAAAAAUUGACGUUCGUUUUGCGGGCCUUAAUUUUGCGCUUCAGGGAGAAACCUGUGCCUUAUUGCUAGAAACCAGCACGAUUCGCACAUCUGUCCGCAAAGGAGGUGUCAGAGUCAGCAUCAAGCAUACAAAGGUCACAGGGCCUCAUCCGACCACGUCGGUGGUAUCACCAAGCAAGCCCCCAUUGGACGCUGAACUUGACGGGAUCCGAGUCGAUUUCGCGUUCAUUCCAGAGGAGGGCGAUUUGUCUGACCUGCUUUCGUUGAUUACUCCCACAGACUUCAAGUACGAAGCUGAUGACGAUAUCCUUAUCGACACGCUGCUUUCGCAAAGACGAAAAGGGUCGCUGGUUAAGGUGAGGGUCCAGAAUUCCAUGCGACUUUUUAUCUCCGACCUGGACGGUUUGAAGCAGCUUGAUGCCCUCGGGAAAGAUGUAGCCAAGCUAUCCAGCGUCGCCAAACUUCUCCCGGAUGAUGAGCGCCCUGGGAUCCUGUCCAUGAUCGAGCUGGCCGACUGCAAGAUGGACGUGAUGGUGAAUGACCGGAUCGGACAUUGCAACCUGCACUGCAGUCAAGUUCGCGUCGCCCACGUUGGCUUGCCCGCUUUGCUUGCACUCUCAGUUGGCAGAAUUGAAGUUGAACGCAACACGUCAGAAUUGAUUUUGACCGAGGUCACGGAGCUCACUGGUCGAGAAGCUACGAUUCCCAUGAUUAUGGCCCGUUGGUUGGGUGAUGAUAUGGAACCCACCCUAAAAGUCAAGCUGUUUAACCUUGUAUUUGACUAUCGGGUCACGACCAUCAUGGCCCUCCUGGACCUUUCAGAAGAUUGCACCACCGAUGAUGUAGCCCUGGGCAUGGCCUCCUCUGUUGCGACAAUCAAACGGGCACCAUCUCCUGGGAUCACAAGGCAGUCUUCUGCUGCUAGCGAGAGAUCGGGGCCACCCUCUCGACCCAUGAACCUUGACUUACUCUUGCGUGACUGCGCGAUCGGCUUAAACCCCCACAAGAGCCGUGCGAAGGCUCUUCUUGUUCUGUCGGAUACUCGUUUUACUGGAUCACUGGUGCAAGACGAGGCCAUGUCAACGUGCCUGGACGUAAGGAAAGCGUCUUUACUGGUGAUCGAUGACGUGGAUCGCCUGAAAAUAGACGAAGCACAGGAUGUCAGACCUUCACAUGCAGAGCUCGGCACUCCCCAAGUGCUCAGUCUUUGUCGCUGGGGCUUCGUCUCUGUCGGAACCACGUCUAAGGCCAGGGCAAUUGUCAAAAUCACCGAGCCGGAUGGGGACGGCCCCCGCGCGGUUGAUGUAGAGUUCAAGAAUGACCUUUUCGUCAUGGGAAGUUGUGCCGACUCGACGCAGACUCUUAUAUCAGUCUUGGGCGGGUUGGCUCCACCGCAACCGCCAUCCAAGGAAAUCCAGUACAGGACAAAAGUCGAGCCGGUCAUGGACAUGAUGGCUUCCCUCGUUGGCGAUGAUUUCAAGGCUCCUGUAGGAGAGCUGCUCCACCAGGAUCAAGAGAUUGUGGUUGAUGAUGAUGACCAAGACAUACAUUUUGCAGGCAGUCUGUAUGAUCCUAGUCACUUGCCACGACUUGAGGAUAUGACUGAAGAGUCCAUUGUGGAAUCCAUGAUUCAGUCUCAGCCAAAAGCUGAUUCUGAAGAGCCUAUGGAAGAGCUCCAAUGGCAAGAAGACUUUUUCGGUCAGUCAUCGCCAGAACGCCCAGCUGCCCAAGCAUGGAACUCUCGCAAAAACGAGUAUAUCGAGUCCAGCGAGGUCUCUGUUGUCAAGAGUCCACUCACUCUGCGGGUGAAGGAUGUUCACUUCAUUUGGAACCUGUACGAUGGCUACGAUUGGCCGAGGACACGCGAGAAGCUGGGCCAGAAGCUCGAAGAGGUUCAGCAGCGUGCUCAAGAGAGGCGCGAGAGAGGCUUCGAUGAGGAUGACGGCAUUUCUAUCGAAGAAGAUCUGCUUUUCGGCUCAGUUUACAUUGCGCUCCCCGUCAACAAUACGCCAGAGGAGAACCGGAGACAGAUCAACCGUGCAAUGAGAGGCGGUGACGAUACUGCUAGUGAGACUAGUUACGCCACAACCACUGCAUCUCGGGCGACCGCCCGCCCACGGUCAAGAGGCAUGCGCCUAAAGCUCGAAAGAGGCCGCCGUCCAAAGAUCACUUUCGAGUUGAAGAAGAUCUCUGCAGAUGUCGUAGUCUUCCCUCCAGGCUCUGGAGAAACGCAGAAUUCGGUCGACGUUCGUGUUGGUGACUUGGAGGUUAACGACCAUGUUCCUUCUUCAACUUGGAACAAAUUCGUCACAUACGAUAUGAGCGCCGGAGAACGGCCCCUUGGCUCCCCUAUGAUCCGCCUGGAGAUGCUGACUGUGCGUCCUGUGCCUAAUCUGGCCGCUUCAGAGCUCGUGAUUCGCCACCGCAUACAGGUUUCGGUACUUCCCCUACGGCUGCACGUCGAUCAAGAUGCACUCGAUUUCAUCACGCGUUUCUUCGAAUUCAAGGAUGAUAGACUUGGCUCCAAGGAGGCACCUGGAGAACAACCUUUCAUUCAACGUCUCGAGGUUCGAACGGUCAAACUUAAGCUUGACUACAAGCCGAAGAAGGUCGACUAUGCAGGCCUUCGCUCCGGUCACACUACAGAGUUCAUGAACUUCUUGAUCCUGGAUAGUGCAAACAUCACGCUGAGGCGUUGCAUCGUCUAUGGAAUCUCUGGCUUCGACAAAAUCCAUAAUACGUUGAACGACAUCUGGAUGCCCGACGUCAAGCGCAACCAAAUUCCUCACAUCAUGGCAGGUCUCGCUAUAGCCCGCCCGGCUGCAAAUGUCAUGAACGCUGCAAAGAGCAUCGUUACUGUUCCAAUGGCACAGUACAAUAGAGACGGUCGUGUACUGCGUAGUGCGCAGAUGGGCGCGGUUGCCUUCGCCAAAAACACCACGACCGAGCUUCUGCGCCUUGGGGCAAAGAUCUCCAUCGGUACUCAGGCUAUGAUGCAGACUGCUGAAGGAAUACUCUCGCCAGUCUCUCCGUCUGCUGGAUCGUCGACUGCUCAACAAGAUGACGGCAAUUGGCACGAUAUUCCGCCCCCCGGUUCUUCGCCAGCUGAAGCACCCAAGGCCUUCUCCCACUACGCCGACCAGCCCAUAGGUGUUCGGGCUGGACUAAUCAGCGCACGCCGCCAUCUUCAGCAAGACUUCGCCUCGGCCCGUGACGCCAUCAUCGCCAUCCCUGGAGAAGUCAUGGAUAGUGGCACCGCAACGGGCGCAGCCAAAGCUGUCGUCCGUCAUGCUCCAGUCGUAAUGCUUCGGCCCUUCACUGGAGUUGCUAAGGCAACUGGGGCGACGCUUUUCGGCGCAGCCAACGCACUUGAUCCAGAGAGCGCGAGGAAGAGGGAUGAGAAGUAUAAACGCCAUUAA